AUGGGGUUUCUCUCUAGUCUCCAUCUCCUUCUGCUUCUCUCUCUCUGCUCUUAUCCUCUCCUCUCUGCUCAAUCUCCUCCGACCAAUGCUUCUUCUCUCGACUCCCUUCUCCAAGACUACUCCUUCAGAGCCUUUGUUCGUCCUCGCACCGGCAUUCUCUACGACGCCACCGUGCCUUCCAAUUUAACCGGGAUCAAAGUCGCCGCCAUGAGACUCCGAAGCGGGAGCUUGAGGAAACGAGGAGUGUCUUCCUUUAAAGAGUUCUCAAUCCCUAGCGGCGUAAUUGUGAAGCCGUAUGUGACAAGGCUCGUCCUGGUUUACCAAAACCUAGCUAAUUCCUCUCACUUGUAUUACCCUCUGCCCGGUUACGAUUAUGUAGCUCCGGUUUUGGGUCUUCUCGCUUACGAUGCUAAGAAUCUCUCCGCGAUUAACCUCCCGGAGCUGGAAUUGAGAGCGUCGAGUGAUCCAAUCAGAAUCGAUUUCUCUGAUCUGGAGCGAAUCCCGCAGGGGUCCAGCGCUAAGUGCGUUAGCUUCGAUUCGCAAGGGAAAGCGAGUUUCAGCGAGUCGACUCAGCCUGGGAACACAUGCGAGACGGAUCGUCAGGGGCAUUUCUCGGUGGUGGUGAAAUCUGUGGAGUCAGCUCCGAGUCCAGCUCCUCCGGAGAGUGAGAAAAAGGAUGAUGAUAAGAAGAAGAAGAGCUCUGAUUCGAAUUCAAAGACUUGGAUUAUUGUUGGGUCGGUGGUUGGUGGGUUGAUACUGUUGGGGCUUUUGCUGUUUCUGGUUUUGCGGUGUCGGAAUUACAAGAAGCAAGAGAAGAUGAGGGAGAUGGAGAGAGCUGGUGAGACAGGGGAAGCUCUGAGGAUGACUCAGGUCGGAGAGACGAGAGCUCCAACUGCUACUACGACUCGUACACAACCGAUGCUUGAAACUGAAUACGCAGCUUAG